AUGGCGGCCUUCAAACGCCUGCUCUCUCCAACCGCUCGCCGCUGCAUAUCCGGCGAAUCACCAUUACCACCUCGCCACCUGGUCUCGCUCCUUCGCCGCCACUUCUCCACGGAGCCCCAACCGUCUCCAAACCCCGAACCGAACGCCGACCCGAAAGUUGCCAAUUCACGACAGCCGAUCAAUAUCCAGACCGUUUCGUACGCGGCCAGGCCUAAACCUCAACCGACCGAAGAAAAUCUGGAGAAACCCCCACCUGAAACACAAACCUCACCGCCGGAUUCCCAGGAUCCCGUCAACCGGGAAACCCGGUCGUGGUCCCGGGAUGAGAUGCGGUACAUGAAGGACGCACCAAUGAUUACCCCGGUUUCUUACCCGACCCGUGUUGCCCCGUUGCCCGAGUACACGAAAAGGGGAGAGGAAGGUACAGCGGAUGGGAACGAGGGGUUGGAAAGGGAAAGGAAGAAGAUCGAGGAAUUCAGGCGGCACGGGGUUUCGGCGUAUGCGAGGCUGGAGGAGGAGGACGUGGCUUUGCCCUUCCCAAAGCCUAUUAAGGAGGAGAAUACUGAUCGAAACAGUAAGAAGAAAGGCAAGGUCAUCUACGAUCUCAAGGAGGCUAUUCAGCUGGUGAAGGUCGGUUCUUUCGUCUUCCUCUCUCACCCCUUUUGUUUGUUCUGUUGGUUUUAUCAGAAUCCAAGGUGCAUUUGUAGUUUCCAGCUUGAUAAAGUUAAUUUGGGAAUGGGAUUGGUUGGGAUAUCAAUUGUACAGGCUGGUGCCAAGAAAACUUUUGAUGAAACACUAGAAGCACAUGUGAGAAUGAGUCCAGACUUGCGGCGAACUGAUCUGAAGCUGGCGGGUUUUGUGUGCCUUCCACAUGGUUUUGGCAAGACACAUCGAGUGGCCGUCUUUGCGGAAGGAGCUGCUGCAGAUGAGGCUCGAGAUGCUGGAGCUGAUAUUGUUGGCGGCCAAGAACUGGUGGAGAAUAUUCGGACUGGUCAAAUCAAAGUAGAUUUUGACAAGUGUAUUGCUACUCCUUCCAUGAUGGAACAUGUGAAAAAGUUAUCAAAAUAUCUUAAACAAUUAAUGCCAGACACCAAGAAAGGUACAUUAACCAAUGACAUAACGCGGACUGUCAAAGAAGCAAAAGUGCCAAGCAUUCGUUUCAAGAAAGACAAAACCGCAAUAGUACAUGUAGGACUGGGAAAGCUUAGCUUUACAGAGGAUGCUUUAAGGGACAAUAUUGGUGCAUUUGUAAAUGCUCUUUUGCUUGCCAAGCCUGCUGGUUUGAAAAAGAGUUCAAAAUAUGCUGGGUAUGUUGAUGCCUUCCACAUUUGCAGCACGAUGGGCCCAUCUUUCCCUAUUUCGAUACAAUCAUUAUCGAUGGCUGCUGACCGCUACAGCAGAUCACAAUUGAGAUGAGAAUCUGAAUCAACAUGAAGACAUAAUUUUGUUUGAAUCUUUUUUGUUGUAUCUAAAGAUGUUUUUAUUUUCUGUUCCAAAUACUGUUGUGCUACGAGGGUGGAUGUGGCACUCUUUUAUGAACUUGAGAAAGUCGUGCUUUCAACCAUGCGUCUCUGUCUGCACACUGCAAACCUGUUUUCUUAAAUAAUUUUUAAUUCAAGGUUAAAUUAAUUUUGUGUUGCAGUUUUUGUGUUACAGUUUGUGCAAUACUACGGGAGAGGGAAUUAGAAGGGAAGGAAAUGAAAAGGCAACUUUAGCUAUUGCUAACAUGCUAUGGUUUUUGGGAAAG